AUGUCGUUGACGGCCAAAGAGGCGUUCGCCAAACUCCCCCAGAAGUUGCACACGUUUUUCAUCAAGCACCCGCCCCGCCCGCUCGCCCAGUACGCCACAACACCGUCCACAAUCUCCGAUCCACAAAAGAACCCGUUUUUGCCCAACAAAAACGAGGAAAGCGGCAAGUGGCAUGCGGCCAAGUACUCGUUGAGAAGAUCGGCCGAUUUGUACAAGAUGGCGCUGAAGUACGGGCUCGCAGAGCUCUUACCGCCCAUUCCACACAAGAAGUUCCAUGAGGAGAGAUACAACGACAAGAAAUGGAUGCGCGGACUUCUUUUCCAGAAAAAGAGAAAGUGGGAGCGCGAGCUUCCUACCAAGUUGGAGCAGAGACGGGUGGCCAUGGAGAAUAUGGAUGAGACCAUUCUUAAGGCUAGACCCGCAUACAAGAAGCAGAUUGCACGGAGAGAGGAGAAGAAGAGAACCUGGUUUUAG